AUGCAAGCCCUUCUAAGGACUGUGCUCGUUCCUUGCUUUAGCAGGCAAUUCUCUCAGGUAGAUGUCGAUGUGGCUUGCAGACUAGCCUCGGAGCUGGCCAAGGAAGCUGGCAAGAUUAUGAUGCGGGCUCAAGAGCAGAAGCCCGAGUACACGACAAAGGCACAUGAGCGCGAUCUGGUCACUAAGUCCGAUCGGGAUGUGGAGCGCUUGCUGGUGAGAGGCAUCAGAGAGGUGUUUCCCGACCACGAGAUCAUUGCCGAGGAGGGCACAAAGGGCACGGCCAAGAGCAGGGUGCUCACGGAUGCGCCCACCUGGAUCAUUGAUCCAAUCGAUGGCACAACUAACUUUGUGCACGGCUUUCCCAAUUUCUGCACCUCAAUCGCUUUGUAUGUGGAGAAGAAAAGCGUUCUGGGUUGGAUAGAGAAUCCCAUGCUGAGGCAAAGCUACGUCUCACAGCUCGGCAAGGGGGUUCACUUCAAUGGGCAGCCGAUGCGCGUCAGCGGGCAGCGGGAGCUGAAGAACUCUCUCGUCUAUAUGGAGUGCUCCAUCAAGACCCACGAAGAUGUUGAUAACGUGAGCUUGAAGAAUAUCUUUAGGCUGGGGCCCACGGCGCACGGCAUACGCACCAUGGGCUCCACGGCGCUCAAUCUGGCCCAGGUGGCUGUGGGAGCCUGUGACGCCUAUCUCCACUGCGGCUCACACGUCUGGGAUUGGGCUGCGGGCGUGCCGAUGGUGCAGGAGGCGGGCGGCAUUGUCAUCGAUCCCUGUGGCGGGCCCUUCGACAUCUACGCACGUCGCAUGCUGGCAGCGGCCACGCCCGAGCUAGCCUACCAAAUCGUGCCCCUGAUAAAGCAACUGUUUCCCACUCCCCGAGACGAUGAGACGCAGUAGACUGGAAAAUGUAAACGUAUGCAUGAGUAGGCUUCAGAUCAGAUUGGGAUCAGUUCGGCACUUGGAAUACAAAUUUUCAUUUCAAAUUUUGAAGUGUGUUAAAACAGGCAGAUGCAGAGCAUUAGUAGGAGAGUUACGGCAAUCGGCAGCAGCCGUGGUCUGCUUGCCACCGUUGCCAGCCAUAUUCCUCUCUUAAUGAACAAACUCAAUGCUAUUGCAUCUGACAAAUGCCGCUUACCACUGAAAAGGCCAUUCAAUCAGGGAACAUGGCGUCUGAAGGCGAUGCACAGCCACGCGAGCUUGGCGUCGAUGAGUUCAGAUCGGAAGCGCAGACUGGUUGAGAAUAUAUCGAGGACAUAUCCAUUGAAUAAGUUCAGAGGCGAAAUAAAAGGGAAUUUGUUUAAGGCUGCAGCAACUCCAAACAUUGGGUCGACUCGUAACCAGCUUCCAGGCGACUGGGGCAAUUCAUUGGGAGUGCUGGCAAAUCUAUUCCACCAUGAAGUCGCUUCGAACUCGAACACUCAAAGCAAUGGCAUAGAUGUACAAAAUACGAUGGACUUAGGCGCCGAGGAACUCGAAUCUAUCGACGAGGUGAUGAAAAAUGCCCAAGAAUUGCGUAGGCUGGGCAGAAAAUAUUUGAUCAGGUGUAAGAAGCCAUGGGAGAUUAAGUCGGGCCUAUAUGAGCUUGGCUGCCAAGCGUGGCACGUGGGCACGGCAAUUCUGUUACUGAACCAGGACCACAAGGCACAUAUGCUGCUGUCCUAUUCAAUGAGGAGGUGGACUGAUCAGCUUAUAGCAUUGCUCAAACGGAUGCACCCUGAGCUCCACAUCGUGGAGCGCAGGGGCUCUAUCAAGGUAACGAGUCGUGAUCCAUAUUCCGACCAACCAAGUACUGCAAAAAAGAAUGAGAGACGUGCUGAGAAGUCGCCGAAAACUUCUAAACACAGAUGGGCAGCAGCAGAUCCACGUUUACCAGGUCAGCACUUCUGACGACACGGAUAUGACGGGGCCGAAAAUGGAUUUGCCGACUUUCCUACUUGUAGCAGGCAUAUUAAUUUAAAUCAGUAAACGGUUUUUAUUUUAAAAAUUUUU